UACCCCUCUAGUGUGGAGACGUUUCCGUGCAUUUCAAUGAUUUCGACAAUGAAGCUUCGUUUCUUUAUAUAGAAAUGUACGGAUUUAGAAGUGGAAAGAGCAAGGUUGGAGAUAAUGAUUACUGGUCGCGUUAAAAUCUCCUGAAAGACGCAUGGUUUAUAUGAACUUCGCGGCAGUGUCCGAACUUCUCUUCUGUCCUUUGUUUUGUUGUGGCGAUUGAAAUUCACUUCUGUCACUCGAGUUCACGUUGAUUUGAGAGCCGAAACUGGUAAAGUAGGCGAACUUGGCCAGUAAUAUGCUCAAUGGUUUCCCAAGUGGAUGUCUUGAGCGAUCGAGAAAAAGAGAUUUUAUCGAAUUAUGACAGGUUAGAGUUGAAUGUGCUUGUUUGGGUGUCCUGAAUUCUUCAUAUCGUUUCAUUGGUUGUGCUGACCGUUGUUAAUCUCUCGUUUCUCUAGCCGCCUGUACGGAUUUUUACGAGUUCAAGAUCCUGUUGGAGAACCGUCCUUGCCUGAUCUGACUCAUAAAGCAUUGUUACAGAAGGUGUGUAUGGAAGUUUGCAAACUUCUAGCUCGUAAUUCGUGAAUGGUGUUGCUCGAAUAGUCAUGGUCUGAGCUUAGCUUCCAGUAGCAUACUACGGUAUUGUCUGCUCGCCGAGCAAUUACAGCUUACUGUAGGUUGUACGCGGAAUAAGGGAAGAUCUGAUUUACAGGAAGUGAUUUAUCUGUAUUGUAAUUUCUACCGUUAUUUUUAGGGUGUAGCUUUUCUCGAGAAGGAGUUACGACACGAAGGAAAGACGAUACACCCGUCCACCUUCUGCAAACUAGGACACAUUCACCUGUUGCUCGAAGAUUUUCCGAAAGGUACAAAAAAUUCCUGCGUUUCACUUAACGUUUACUUUCAAAAUACGUUGCAAAAAGCAGCAAAUCUUUGUUUAAAGUAGGAAAGUUGUUAUUUCAUGCUAUCCGAUGUUCAUUUCGAGUGAACUUGCACUUGUAUGGCUUACAGCGCAGCUUAUGUAAGACGGUAAGCUGUCUUAAAUAGUAUUGAUUUAAUUCAGUGUAUAUUUGCUUUCAAUCUGUGGCCUUUAAAAUUUUUCCUCGUUUUAUUUUCAGCUCUUUCAGCCUAUCAGAGGUUCUUUAACGCUCGACAAGUUGAUCACUGGAAGGUAAUGAUUACAAAUAAUUUGAUUAAGCUAUAUUCUCUUGACUGUGCAUCUAAUCGUAUUUAAUAAAUUUCAAAUUUGGUUUUCUUGUGCAUUUGUUAUAAUCAAAAGAUUAAUAGGUGCUCAGAUUAUGUCUGCUCAUCAGAAAUGGUGUAAAGAUGGAACAUCAUAAGUGUUGAAUCGUGUCGACGGAACUUGUCCGUUUGCACGUGAAAAUGGCCGGCAGUUUUCAUAUUACAGUCGCGCGCCGAUCUUGUCGUUGCAAACGAGUUACGCUUAAAAUUCCCUCAAAUUUACAGUUCUGAAUAAUUCUUUUAAAUUCUCCCUUUUUUUGCAAACAAACCCCUCUAAAUGUGGUUUAAAGUUUAAACGAAGAUUCCAUGUCUCGCUCCAAAAAUAUUUUACCGAUUAACUUUCUAACGUUUCAUUAACCAUCCUUUCAAGCAAACAUACAGUUUUCUGCUUUCAGACAAAAGCUAGUUGACUACAUGAAUAAUUGAAAAGUUAUUUUUACUUUUUAUCAAUUCUGAGCUCUUCGUGUUGAAAUCAAAGCAGAACGGAAGUCGAUUUAAACCAUUUAAACACAGCUCAGGGAAAAUCCCUCAAAUAAGUGAUUUUUGGUUGCUAAUUUUGUCGAUUUUCCAAAGUUGUAGUUGUGUGCUAUUUAUUGUUGUUUUCAAUAUAUCAAAUGAUAUUUGACUUUCCUUUUUUGCAUUCAACUUAAUACUUUACCGUGAAAUUGCUGUGUUACAUUUUAAUUUGAAAUAUAUGUUUUCAAUUGCAUGAAACUUUAUACUGUCAACAGAAUGAUGUUUUUAUUGACAUCAUAAUAACCCUUUACAGAAAUGUACUUUGUACUAAAAUAAACAAGUGUAGAAAAUUUGGGAAAAAAGUGGUUGAUUUCACGAUAGCUGUUAUAUGUAUGUGUGUGCACUCACUUGUCUCCAUAAAUGUGACCUCAGGCUCAAAAAUGUUUAAGGAUUUAUUUUUCUUGUACAAUCAACCCUGCUUUAUGGACAGCCAUUUAAUACGGACUCCUCAUUGUUAUGGACAGUUUGCUUUGUCCCUGGGGAAAGAAAGCCCCUACAUUUUUCUCUAAACUCAACCUGCGUAAUAUAGACACUUUGUUAAUACCGACAUUCUCUAUGGUCCCCUCAGUGUCUGUAUUAAUUAGCGUGCAUGCAACAAAGAUUUAAGUGCAAAAUAAUAAUAGCUGGAUAGACCAAAACAAACUGUUUGUUGACAGAGCUGGGAAUAAUUUAAACAUUUCUAUUAAUGGAGAUGUUUAUUAAAGUUUACCAUUGGACAUUCAAUAUAUAGACAACUUUAUUACAUGCGCACAAAAUAUGUACAAAAUAUAAAAAUAGAAAAUUAAAGUUACUAGACAGUUACUAGGUGAUCAUAGAUUGUACUGUAGGAUUUAUAAGAGAAAACUUAAAUGCAAUGUUUAAAGUGAUCCUGCUUUUGAUUGUCUGGAUAAAUAUUGUUUUGGUUAAGGCUAAUGAUCCAUGUGGAUCUUCUUUUGAGGCAGGUAGAUCUAUCAGUGGUUAGAAAUAUAAUAAAGAAAAUACAUGUAUUACUUUGGAAUUUACUAAGCAGCCAUUCAAUUGGCAAAAAUUUUGCUGAUUAAGAUAUUUAACAAAUUUUGACUUACUGAUGGCACAACUACCACUGGGGGAAAAAAUGGAAAACAAUGUUUCUGUAAAAGCACCCAUUUGUAGAACCUCUUAGUUUUAAAGAAUUGUGUGGAGUUUUGGGAACUGUGCCAAAUUGUCUCAGUUUGAGCAAACGUGUCAGGCUCCCACAUGUGAAACCUGUCAGAAGCCCUGAUAUGAUAAGUGUAUGUCUUUGGCUUUCGAUAGCCAGGAUGGUAAUGGAUUGCAGCUAAAAAAAUUGGGCAAACAUUUUCAAUUUUAACUCUGGUAUUGUGAAAAAUGACCAAAAACUGAUCAUUCUUUAAUUACUUUGGUGAGUAGAAUUUACCUUUUCAGGAGAGGAAAACUGCAACUGAUUGUUUCUGCCAAAUUUUAAUCUUUAUGUAAAGCAGGUUCUAUAGAGUAUGACAGGAUGAUUUUCAAUAUUACAAGUUGACUAAUCUUGGUUAAAAGAUGGUCAAAACAGUAGUUCCAGUAAAGACCAUGAAACCAAAAAAAAUUGUGCAUUUCGGUUUCCAAUCUUAAAUCAUGAUUAUUUUGGUUUUUCUGUGUGAGACAUUUUGAGCUUAUUGCAAGUUUUGAAAUUGGUUAUGUAACCAGAAGUCAGUUACAUAACAAUUCAGAAUCAUAGAAAUUGUGUUACCGGUAUUUUCAUAUAAUUUUGUGUUCAAAGAUAACUGCGUUGUGGUUUGUUUCUUUAGCACAGAAAAAAGAAAAUACUAUAUGAGCUGCAUAUGAGAGCCUUGAAAGUCAUUGAUCACAAAUUUUCUAAGCAGAAGUGUUUUGGUAAAAUCUGUUCUCAGGUUAAACCAGAAUUUCAUUUGUCCGCCCUGAAUAAUUAUAGAACCAGAAAAAAAGAAGGAAAUUCUGGAGCAAACUAGGUUGAAAAGGUGUUUUGACCCUUGAAUGGAUUUUGCUUACAGCUUAAAACAAAAGAUGUUGUCCUAUGAGAUCCUCUUAAGAAUGGAAUGAGGGAGGGGGGGAGGGGGGGCAGGGGGAUACAUAAUUUCAGAAUCUUUAGUUUCAGGUAUUGAGGAGAAAGCCAAUUCCAUGUGGAUAUUUUACCAUAUAAAAAAAUUGUAUUUGUGGUUGUCCUCGUCUCUGUCACAGUUUCCACGCAUCUUUAUACAUGUCCUUUGUCAAAGUUUAAUCUGUCUUAACUUGCUGUUUCAAGGCCACAUCGCUCUUCAAAAUUAUAUCCUAACAGGGUCUCUCCAAUGUUUCCUUAAUCUUUUGCACAUACUAACAAAUGUAAUAUAUUAUAAUUAUUUAUAUUAUUAAUUUAUAGCCCUAGUUAUUGCCUAGUUCACAUAAACACGUGCCACUGAAUCAACAAAUUAAUAACCAAGUAUCAUGUUGUCCAUAAACUUAGAAGUUAGUUAUGAAUCAAUAAUUGAAAUCUCAGCCAAAGCAAUGUUGCAAUAGAUUGACACCUCAGGACCAUAAAGUGAGAAACUAAAAAACCAGAAUACUUACUGUAGCCUUUCCACAGCAAAAUAAUUUGGAGAUUUAAAACAGACUAUAUUAAUUUUGAUGCCUGAAGCUACAUAAGAGGUAGCUGAAGCUCCUUUAUAGUGCAAAAGCUUUAUUUGAUGAUUUAUUUGCAGAUUGCUUGUUUCAGUCACACAGAAAUAACAUUUUGACACUUUUUUGGGUUUUUGUGGGUGGUAUUUGUGUGAAGCCUGGUGUGAUGCAGUUAAACAACUAAACUGUCAAAAUUAUAAUUACCGUAGUUUUAUCCUCAGUGUGGUUAAUCUAAAUUUGUCUUUUUUUAAUCAUUUUCAGGAUGCUGCGUUUCUUUACGGUUUAGGGAUUGUGUAUUUCAAUUUCUCUGCAUAUCUCUGGUACGUUUAUUGACAGUUCUUUAGUUAUGUACUUUCUGAUGAACACCCAUGGAAACUAUUUUCAAGUUUUCUCCAUAUUUAUAGAGAAACCUGAGAGCUUUAAUUUUUUGUGAGAGGACAUUCUCUUCAUCAAAGGUUAAAUAUUACACUGUGUGUUUUAAUACUGUCAUAAAUUUGAACUUACAGCAAUUUAAAUAACAAUAGUUUGGCUUGGGAAUUACUGAAAAUGAAAUAACUACACUGUACAGCAUACACAUUUAAAGAGGUCUGUCCAACAGUGAGAGCUUUAUCCUUAGUCAAUGGUCAUUUUUUUACUACAAUGUAAUUAAAAAGAAGGAACAUUAAUUUUGUGGUUGACGUUUUUGUGUUAAAACAGGGCAGUAAAGAUUUUCCAGCAAGUGCUGUACAUAGAUCCAAGUUUCAAUUGCUCCAAUGAAGUUCACCUCAGAUUGGGAAUUAUUUUCAAAGCACAAGGAAGCAGUGAAGCAAGCAUAAAGGUAUCAACUCUUUAGAUUUGUUAGUUAGCUGGUCAGGAUAAACUUACUAACCUAGAACAAAUACUGAGCAAUUGAAGUUAGUAGUUUCCAGCACCUCACAAACACCUUAUUCGUCCAAAACUGUUGACGCAUUUUCGAUUGAAGAAACAAAAACACAGAAACUCACAUUUCAAGACUUCAUAGCCAAUAAUGUCACAGUUUAGCUGAUAUAUGAGCAACAACAUCUGACUUAAUCAGGCCUUCUGAUAGGGUGCAAUGAAAAAUCAGAAAUUAUGCGGCAUUUUCAGGGCAGAUUGUGUGAUAAGAUGGGGCUUUUUUCAGGGCUAGUUUACAAUGUUUUACCAGGUUUCAAAGGAGAAAAACCACUUUAAUGUUGUUUAACAGGCAGUUUGAAUGUAAAGGAAUAGUAAAACAUCUAUUUUAAAACAAAAUUGUUAAAUUUGUCCAAUUAUCUUGAUUCGGAAAUAAAAAGCAAUUACAAAAGAAAAUAAAAAGACACUUGUUUAAUAUUACAUGACGCUGUUAAACUGCUGACCACACUGCUUGUCUCUGAAAUAAAAGUGGCUGCCCAGAUACUGUGAUCGAAGGUUUCAGAUGUCUUUCAAGGCUUUCUUCAGUCACUGUGGUAAAUCACCUUAAAUAACUUUAAGAUUGGGAAAAUGUGUUAUUAAAGUUAGAAUUCAUUCUUUACUUUACUCGAAUUUAGCAUUUUUUUAUGAAUUAUGCAAUUUUCCUCAAAUUGUGCAGUCGGACACAAUUUGAGGUCAAUUGUGCAAAAGCGCACUAUCGCGUAGUAUCAGAUAGCCUGCUUAAUUGACCAAUGGGGUCAGUACUUCAGAGUUCCAUACCAUCUACUGACAAGAUUCACAAUUCACAAUUCACAAUUAUUCACUUUAUCUCUGAAGAUGAGUACUACACAGGUUGUUGAAACAUCAAUCACUGUCAGCAAUAGUCCUAAUCAUUGUACUCACCCGCCUCAAUAAGCAUGUUCAUGCACCCACAUACCGUAAAAGUUCAUAUAGAAACUACAAGGUAAUUGUAUUGCAUGUUGACAAAAUUGAUGUGAGCUUAAUCAAAGUCAAUGCCAGUCACUGAAAGCCAUUACAAGUAAAUGUAGAUUGCAAGUACAGUAGUUCCCCUGUUUUGUUACCAUGUACCUCUUAAAUGCCCUAGUCUAUUAAAAUACAUUGUAACAGUAAACUUGUGUCGACCAUUUAGUUGGUCAACUUAAGUGCUAACACAGCUCUGACUUAAAAGUGACAAUGAAAAAGAUAAUGACAGUCUGGUUUUAUUUUCUAGCACUUUCAAAUGGCCCUAAUGGAUUCCAGUCCUUGUUCAUUGUCAAAAGUUGAGAGUAAGUUUGAACAGCUUGUAAAAAAAUAAUGUCUUCCUUGUCUGUACUGAAGAAAUAGUAAAUUAAUUUAAUAAUGCUGUGAUGUAAAAGUUUGUUUAAUGGCUCUCCAUGUGUUUGACUUGCAAGGUCCAUGUCAUUGUGCAGAGUGUUUUUCAAAUGAAUAUGGACUUAAUUUGAAAGAAACUUUGAGCAAAAUUUAGCCCCAGUUGAAUUUUUAUUGAAAGUGUUUGCGCAAGAUAUUAGAUUGAGAGCUGAGGUGUGAAAAAACGGAAUUGCUUCUGUCACAAACAUUUUAACAACUGUAUCAGUACACUUAUCACAUCAACCAUAUUUAGAACCAGUUUUGCAUUCUUUGCAAUCCCCUCUUUUAGGCAUAAUUUAUUUUUUGAUGUUCAUGUAUAGUAAGUUCUGACACUGUAAGUACAGCUGUACAUGGUAUGCUGUUACCUGAUACUGUGUACCCUUGUCUAGCCAUGUAAUUUGCUGCCUAUCUGCAUAAUUGCUGUCCCUUCACAAGAUAGUCAUACCGAAAUGCUUGUGACAUAAUGUUCUUUUUUUCGAACUUUGCGAUAGGCCAUUUGCACGAUGAUGUCAUUUUACUACUACAAUGACGAGAAUCCUUCAUGGCUUUGCUCUCUUGUGCAAAUUAGGGCUUUUGUUUAUUAAAGCUCACUUAGAUUACCAAAUUUACAAUGUAAAUUUGAAAGGAGAAACGAAAAGGAUUCUGGCUGUAGUAGUAAAAUGAAACCAUUUUGCAAAUGGCCUAUUACAGAUAAUCAACCUCUUUGCCAUGUUUAUGUACAGUGUACCUGUAUGUUUGCAAGACCGUCUUGUUAAUUCCUGUUAUUUUGUCAAUUUUGAAAAAUUUUAGUUCGAUUUCACCUUGGCCACCUUUUUGAGAUGCAGAACAAGUGUGACUUAGCACAAGAAAUGUAUGAAACCAUAAUAGAGACUCCGAACGUACCUAACAGCAUCAGAGCUAAUGCCUAUAAACAACUGGGUGAGUACAAGCUAUGUCAGUUAACAACAGGUUCAUGGGCAGCGUAUAUAUGUUGAGAGAUGAAGCAUGCGGGAAGUUUGGGGAGCAUGAAAGAGGCAUAAGAGUUGCUCAAGGCACAGCCAAGUGCAACUGUAUCCUCUUUAAACUUUGCAAAGAAUGAUUUGCAUGCUCCAUAGCUCACCCAUGCAGAUGACAACAACAACACUCCCCUACUCACCUACUAUCUGUCGACAAAUUAACACAUUAUCAGUCAUGAUCGACUGACAACAACACUAACAGGCCUCACUCAGCUAAACCAAUAUCAGAGGCAACUGAGGCUGUUGCUUUAUUUAAAAUUUUGAAGUUUCUUGUGAGAGAAUAGUGUGCCUUAGGAUAAACAUGGCCAGUAAGAUGGCAAAAGAAAUGAAAACUUUUUUUCCUGCUAUAUUUGCCUAUGAGGGAAUUUUUGUUCAGUUAUGGUCCUAUUAUCCAUGGAAUCCUUAUGGGAUAAAAGACAAAAUUGAACGCUGAUAAUGACAGCCUUACUAAGGUGACACAUGCUUUUUGAGGCAGCAGAUUAGUUAACUGAGUAAUUCCAUUCACCUUUGUAGACAGUCAAUAGUGAUAGUCAAAUCUGUAAAAUACCAAUAAAGUCAUUGGGAAACUUUUUCUUAUUACAAGUACGAAAGGUUAGCCUUGGUGAUGAUGGUUGUACAUGUAUUGAUUGUCUCUGAACAGGGUGGAUGUAUUAUAACAAGGAACACCUUGGAGAUAGAGCAUCCAGAAUGGAGAAAGCUGUUCAGUUGCUACUAAAAGCAAUUGAAACAGAUCCUAAUAGUGGUGCUGCCUGGUACUUAAUAGGGAGGUGGGUGGAGAUAAUAUUUGUCUAUACUAAGCACAAUUAAAGUAGCUGUUCAAAGUGGAAAUACAAGUUAUGUACGGGACAUGUUUUCCAUGAAACGUUUGUUGAUGUUGCAGCUGUAUUUGUCUAAAGUGUUUUAAACCCCAGUUGAAAGGAGUCUCUCUUUAAAGUGAGCCAUCUCAAGUGAUACCAAAAUCAGCAUUUUACAUUCCUAAGCAAUAUGAUAACCAUGCCUGCCCAUUUAACAGUGGAUUUCCCUCCUUGGUGUCCUAAGUUUGACUCCCACUCUGACCUCACGCCAGAGAUACACUAUUUGUUUAAGCCUCAAGCUCAAAUCCUCAGAUGUACUUGUAAAAUAUUCUGAGUAAACUAGGUCAACUGUUGGGAUUUUUAACUUAUUUCAUGUACAAUUGUGUUUCAAAUGUAUGUUUCAUCAUAAUGAGAGGCCUCUCAAGGGGAAGAGGUAACUUCCUUAAGUGUGGUUAGAUGAUGGGUGGCUGGGUGUGGGAAAGGUGACUAUAACUUGGAAUUAUUGACAACCACUUAAAGAAUGAUACAGUAUCAAUCGACCAAUGCUCCUGAAAAAAAUGUUCAUUUCAUGUAACAAUAAUGUUGUUGUUUUAUUCUGGAUUAAUUUUUCUCUGUAUUUUGAACAAUUUCUUUGAACCAGAUGUUAUGCCAUGCAAGGAAAGGUGCAUGAUGCUUUUACAUCUUAUCGACAAGCUAUUGAUAAAUCAGAGGCCAAUGCUGACACUUGGUGCUCAAUAGGGUAAGGUUUUCUGUGUUGAAAUUUUAAGUCACAGUUGGGAAAUUCUUCUCAGGAAUGAGUGUGACAUUCUUAAUUUAUUUAUUUAUUACUUCAACUGAAUUUGUCCAAAUUAAAUAAAUGCACCCUUCCCCCCUUUUUUAAUUAAAAAGAUGCAUGUUUAUGCUCAGGUUUUUACUGACUGUAAGUAUUUGUGGAUUUGAUUUGUUUUCUCAAUCAUUGCAAAAUAAAAGAAGCAUACAACUUUGUAUUAUAUUUUAUUUUAUGAAUUAUUGUGCCAUACAGCUAAUAGUUAAUUCGUCUGUUCUUCUUUAGAGUUUUGUACCAACAGCAGAAUCAGCCCAUGGAUGCUCUGCAGGCUUAUGUAUGUGCCAUCCAAUUGGACCCCACCCAUGUGGCCGCAUGGACAGAUCUGGGUAUUCUAUAUGAAGCCUGUGAACAACUGGGGUAGGAAUUUUUUAAAAUUAUUUGUGGACGGGGCUUCUACAAGUAUGCAGUGAAGUAUCCUGCAACACUCUAGUUGUAGCUAAUGUUUUAACUUUGAUGUAUGAUGGCUGUCAAUUGGCUGACCUAUUCACCCUUAGUAAUACUUGAUGUUAAUGUACCAAAUGACCAACCAACCAGUCCUGCAUGUACACUAUGUAGUGUAACCUACUGACCAACUAGCCUGUACAUGCACCUUCUGACCCACUGACCAACCAACUUUAUAACAUUAAGUCUUCCUUAUCACCUCUCCAACCAACCCACCUCUUGCCUUCCAAUUAACCAACCUACUAACUUUGCAGUGUUACUAAUAGUAACCCACUGACUACCCUCCUUGCUAUCUAACCAAUCUACCUACCAACCACCUUACUGACCAACCUGUUGACUGCUUGCAUCACUGACUUAUCAACCAACCUACUGACUGCCUUCCUUACUAUCUAACCAACCAACCAACCAACUGGCUGCCCUCCCAACCAACUUACCAAGCAUCCUACUGACUGCAUUCCAAUCCCCUGCUGACAUACUUCUAACAACCAACCAACUUACUUCCUCUCUGGCCUACACACCUACCUACAGCGUAUCCACUGUCUUACUUACGUAAUUGUGAUUUAAUACCUCAAUGUAGAGAUAUUUUUCUCAAUACUUCUAUCUCAGUCUGUAAUACUAUCUAAGCGGUAUUUUUAUCUUACUCUACUCAUGACAUUAUUUUGUUCUUGAUCUCUUCUUUAGUGAUGCCAUUUCAUGUUACAGUGCAGCCAGGAGAUAUGGUGAGUUCUUUGAUAAUUCCUCGGUUGUCAUACAUGUGAUAUGUUUUUGUAAUUUUAAGAAGGCAGCUGAGGAUUCCAUUUUGCCUUGAAAAAUUCCAUUAGUCCUUGAAUACUAUUCAUUGAAAAAGAGUUUGACAAUUUUAAAAAUUGAUCUCCAGUUUCUUCCUCAAACAUGUACAGUGUUGUAGUUUCACAGGUAACCCAGGCUCUGUGAUAGUACCACAGUACUGUUCCAGUAAAAUUACAGUGUUUGUAUGGGGUAAAAAUAUCAUCCUAAAAUUUCUAGGAAAUACUAAAUAAAGAUCAAUGAAACUUACUCUGCAGUUAAUUGUUGUUGUCCUUAUUGCUCCAACGAAGUUUCGUGAUAAUUUGCAGUAAUUUGUUCAAAUUCACUCUAUCUACAAUAAUAAUAUACAAGGUAGGAAACACGAGGUGCCAUUUUCGCCCGACAUGCUCUCAUUCAACACAACUUUUUCCACGAAAUUCGAACUCCAACGGAAAAUAAACAUGCCAGGAUCGUAGAAAUAGGAUAGCAGCAGAUAUAGAAACCAAUGAAGCUUUCCCAGAUAGAGAAACGAAUCCCACAGACUUGGACAAACUCAAGAAUAUAAUCCAAACACACCGAGAAUACUUGAAGAAGCAGCAGGCCAGAUCAACGCGGCCAAGAAAAUGAAGCCUGGGCACUGUACAAAAAAAAUUCCAUCCGGGGUCCUGGGGUGACCUUUCUAGGGACCGAUACAUCAUUUGCCCAAAGCCACCCUCCCCUGCUGGAAAAAUACUUGAUAGAAGGCAAUUGUUCUUCUUAGCUAAUCACCAUUUGCCAGAGCAAACCCGCACACGCAGCGCCUGAAUUUAAAUGGCUAAAAAAAAAGUAAUAUAAUCAGGAGAGUCUGCGGAGUUACAAGGCGUCCGAUUUCUUCUACUAAGGAAUGCAAAUAACAGUAAUGAAACUAAUGAAAAAACAACGCGAAAUGCUUACAAGGCGGGCUAAAAACAAGGUUGAACAAAAGGUAGAUGAUGACUGAGAUACUGUUGCUGUGAACUCUCGGCGAAACUAUCGUAAAUAAACGGUGAAGCUUACAAACUAAUGUCAAAAAUUAUACAGAAAAUUGCGACAGAAUAUGAAUUGCGAUAACUGAGGCGAAUGUGAAAGGCACGUGCACUAGUAAACAAAGAACUAGCGCGAUUAACAUAUUUAGCGAUUAAUGCGGCAGUAACGCCCGACUUCUUGUCAAUACAAGUGAACGCUCUAUCGGUUAAAUAUGUGAAUCAUCGAGAUACACCUCUCUUUGAAUUUGGUCCUGUUGUACAAAUGCCUCGGUAAGAGCCAAAAUUCACUUAUAUCUUUUGGUCGUUUUAAGUUUUGUAAAUCCUCCUUCGUUGUUCUUUCCUUUGCCCUUAUAACCUUGCCCUAUUGAUGUUUGAUAAACUUUCUGAGGACCAGCGCCAGGAGCUGAAUAUAGUUCGAGAGGAAAAUAAUCUCUUUAUAUAUAAUAGGCCAUAGUGAUUGGCUAGGAAGAACAAUUGCCUUCUAUCAAGUAUUUUUCCAGCAGGGGAGGGUGGCCUUGGGCAAAUGAUGUAUCGGUCCCUAGAAAGGUCACCCCAGGACCCCCGGGAUGGUAUUUUUUUGUACAGUGCCCAGGCUUCAUUUUCUUGGCCGCGCGUUGAUCUGGCCCGGCUGCUUCGGCGAGCGUAUUCUCGGUGUGUUUGGAUUAUAUUCUUCGAGUUUGUCCAAGUCUGUGGGAUUCGUUUCUCUAUCUGGGAAAGCUUCAUUGGUUUCUAUAUCUGCUGCUAUCCUAUUUCUACGAUCCUGGCAUGUUUAUUUUCCGUUGGAGUUCGAAUUUCGUGGAAAAAGUUGUGUUGAAUGAGAGCAUGUCGGCGAAAAUGGCACCUCGUGUUUCCUACCUUGUAUAUUAUUAUUGUAGAUAGAGUGAAUUUGAACAAAUUACUGCAAAUUAUCACGAAACUUCGUUGGAGCAAUAAGGACAACAACAAUUAACUGCAGAGUAAGUUUCAUUGAUCUUUAUUUAGUAUUUCCUAGAAAUUUUAGGAUGAUAUUUUUACCCCAUACAAACACUGUAAUUUUACUGGAACAGUACUGUGGUACUAUCACAGAGCCUGGGUUACCUGUGGUAGUUUCCGUCUGUUAGAGUAUGAAAAUUAUUUGGUAAUAAUGUGGGACUUCAUAGGGAGGUGUAUCAUACAUACCUGUAACGUCUAUUGUGCAGUGAAUUAUGGGACUUAAUGUCAAGUAGAUUUGGCAUAGAGCACUUAGAUGUAGAGUUUGUUUAAUAUAUAGAAUGUUUCAGAGGAUGGUUUUGGCUCAGUUUCCAAAGCUAGAAAGCCUUGAAUUAGCAUUAAAGUCUGCUAUUUUUCAUGUGAUUUCUCAUGAUUAGAUGUGACUUAAAAUCAGUUGUUGCAGAAUGCCAUAAUUGCAUUAUAUCUGUUCAAAGCCCAUUGUUUGGAAAAACUGUAAAAAUACUUUAAUUACUGCACUACGAGGCAAUAAAAAUGCCAAAGUUCAUGUUAAUAAAAAGGAGUAAGAGUGGAAGUUACCUGAAAAUAACAUUGUACUGUUCUGUCUCACAGGUGCUACAGACAGCACCAUAGAGGCACGUGUUAAAGCCCUGCAGGCUCAGCUGGCGAUGAUGCCGCAGCAAGGAGAAGGUCAGAAGAAGUAAGUGUGCUUCUUUUCUACUUCUUUAUUGGUGGAAAAGGAUGUCUUCACUGAAAUUCAACUUUUAAAAAUCAAAAUGCCCCUACACAUUUCUAGAAGCAUGUCAAAGGCCGUUUUUAACUAAUAAUGUCAUACUCAAGGUCAUGCAUUUCCCAUUCGGAAGAUUUUCACACUUGACGUUUUGGACCACUUUUGUAAUAUUUCUCUUUUCAGGAAUAUCCCAUCUGUUGAGGAAGCUUGGAAGUUGCCAAUUCCAGCAGAGCUCACAACAAGAACAAUACGAAAUGCACAGGUACACUUGUAAACUCUAUGGGGAGAAAGUUCUGUAUAUUAUAAGGAAACGUUGCUUGAAAAAAAGUGACAUAAUCUAAUGGAAAUUUAGUAAAUUAUGUAAACAGUUGAACUGUACUUUAUGGUUCAUGUUAGUUGUGCCCUGGGCCCAGUUGUUGUAGAUGGUGAAUAGUACUAUCGGCUGGUUAAUCUCUAUCCAGUGGAUUAUGUAAUUGCAGGGUUUGAACAGGGUCUUUCCAGACCUGGAAAAAGUCUUGAAAAUAGAGAUAAAGUCUUGAAAAAAUGGUAAAAAGUCUUGGGUUUUUUUGAUGUGGCUAAAUGUAAAAAAAUGUUUUUUUCAUGCUGGUCAAAUCUUACUCAAUCUUACCUGUACAUGUACAUGUACGUUUGCAGCACAUCGUGGAAAAUGCUUUGUUCCUUUAUUUUCUUAUAGGUCUAAAUUGAUCACCUAUUUGAUAACCUUGAGACUGAAAAAGAAAUUAUUGUUUCAGAAAAAGCGUGGAAAAAGUCUUGAAUUUUGGAUCCAAAAAUCUCUACCAACCUUGUAAUUGGUUUGCCAGUAGUUAACUGCUGGAUAGUGAUUUAUCUGGUGGAUAGCGCUAUCCAGCCAGGGCCUGGGAAAUUGACUGAUUUAACUGAGAUCCUGGAAACCUGCCUGCUGUUCACUUCACAGUUGAGCCUUCUUUACGUUCUAAUAAUGAUAUUGAUAAUUCCCAUUAACACUGUCAGCUGAAGAUGCCUGUCUUGAUUUAUAGGUAAAAUUACUAACCAGUGGUCAGAUACAAGCUCUGCAGCCUCAGCAACAACAACAACUUCAACAGCUUUACCUACAACAACAAGCACAAGUGCAACAACAACAACAACAACAACAGCAAGUAGCUGUAUUGAACAGUUCACAGGUUAAUACUCAAGCUCACUUGGACGACAGUAAGAAUGUGACAAAUCAUGCUGCCUUUCAAGGCACAAAAGCAGAAAAUCAUGUUCAUCUUAAUGCAAAUCAAACUUAUCAGCAGGGCAUUCCUAGUACAAGCUUACAUAAUAACUGGUCAGAAAUAACUGUGCCACAAGUGACUCAAAAUGGAGUGAUUGCGAAUUCUAACAGUAGUGUGGUACAAGCUAGUACAGCACAAGGAAUAUCUGAUCAGUCUGUGUUAAUAUCACAACCGCAAGCCACUGUUCUGUCACAGGCAGACUCAUUUCAAACCCAGGUGUGCCGUGAGUCUACUGUGAGUGCCAUGGAAACGGCCUACGUGGGAGCUCAACUGUUACAAGCGAAUGCCACAAUAGGCUCAGACUCUGGAACUUUAUCAACACUUUCAUCAAACUUUGUUUCAACGUCUUCUGAUGUACUUCUCAGUCAAAGUGUUGUUUGUUGUCAAGGAACGACUUUAACUUCCAGUGGAUUAGUGACUACAGCAUCAAUGCCUACAUCAGAACCUAGUUUGCGAAGUGGAAUUGAUACAACUAUUUUAAGUGAAAUUAAUUGUUCGACUGAUGCUAAGUCCAGUCCGCUAACAGGGAGUAGUGAUCCGACACUUAGUAAUGGUCCUAUUUCCAGCUAUUCAGUGUUUUCAUCGUCAAAUGCUUGUGCGAGUGGUAUGGCUAUUUCUCCGUUCUCGUCCCCUAAUUAUGUCAUGUCACCCACACAGAAAUCACCUUUCCAUACUGGAGCAACCCUCUCCCCAAGUAUCACGCAGCCACUCUCUAUCAACCCAAGCUGUUUAUCACCAAGUUCAGGUCUACCGGGAGGGCACUCUGCGUUCUCCCCUUCUCUGAUCCCGUCAGACCUCUUGUCACCAACAAAACAGCUAGCAGUCAUCUCACCUGCAUCCUCCAAGUCACCAUUUAAUCUCAGUUCAGGAGGUGAUAGUUUGGCUGUGCCCAAAUUAAAUUUAUUGUAUGAUUCCAUGGCCAUUCCAUGUCCUCCACCGACACCCACUCCUCCUCUACCCACUGACAAGCUGUCACCACAAACACCAAGUAUUUAUGUAAGUAUAAUUUUAUUUUAACUCCUUGUAACUAUUGAAAUGGUUAAAUAAUACAUGAUACAGUGGCAUUAAACUGUACAGACAUUAUUAGCAGGCUCAAGUUAUGGUACCAAGGAUGGGGUGGUUUCUCCCACUUAACAUGCAUAUCACCCCAAAUUUGAUAAAAUGUUGAUGAAUUCUACAGUGUUCUUGCUUUCAUCUUUCAAACAAGGUACCAUUUGCUUGAAUCAGCUAAUACUAGCAGCCUUCAUGCUUAGUUAAAGAGUACGAAAUUUGCCUAUUUGAACAGCUUUUGGUCGGAAGGCCAUGUAGAUAAUUUUUUUUAUAUAUAGUUCUCUGGGUCGAGUGAAGAUUAUUGACCUAUUUUGAGGCAUUGUUCUUAGCUCUUCCCCGCUUUGUUGUAACUUCUGCUUUAACUCCUCUUCCAUCGCUCCAUCUUCCAAUAAUUAUAUUGUAGUCUUAGAUAAACUCAGAUAACUCACCAAUGGCUUUUUGUUGUAAGGAUUAACAACAUUUUCACAUUCAGCCCCUUCACUUACAUGGGUAGUUGGGUCAUAAUUUUCAACUUCUUCCUGAAAGUUUUGUUAGCGGCUGGAUAUUUGGUGCCAACCCAGGAAUAAAGUUCCUUUCUGAGUCGUCAGAAUCGAUGCUUGAUAGGCCCUCAGAGAGAGAUCUUUUUAGACAUGAAGAUGGUGAUUCAAAUGAGCCUAAGCAACAAUGACAGCAACGAGAACGGCAAAGAAACAAGUUUGGAUUAGCAAAGCAACUGUUUUGCACAAACAUCACACUUUUUUGUUUAUUUCUUUGCCGUCGUCGUUGCACGACAAUGAUCUGAAAAUUCCUAAUUUCACAUUUUGUGGAGGACGUAAACACGAGAAAACGAUUUUCUAAUUCUUUUUGUAAACCUAGAUACAGUCCUUUGGAAUAUAACUCCAGAAAAAUUCACUAACAUUAUUUUGACAAAUUGUUUGAGAUGUGACAUGGACAAUGCAAGGAACAAUGAAUAUUGAAACAGUGUGGAUUCCACUUUUUAGAGAUUCAGUCUCACACGACAUCAGGCUCUGACUUGUGUGCUGGGCACAUAUUAAAGUGAACAAUGCCUCAAAAUACGUCACUCACCCCAGGCCUAAAAUGUCACGGCGUAAGAUAAAAUUCUACAUAUUUAAAAAUCUGUAAAAAAAAUUGAGAUUAAUCUAAAAUUGAAAACAAUCGGUGGCAUUGCUUAUUACAAGCUAAAGUUUUCUUUUUUUAUUCUAUUCUUGAACAGAUAAUAUAUUUGGGGUGAUAUACACUUUAUGAGAAAAAUUAAUGUUGAACGUUGUCAAGAACAUUGUCAUGGGAUGUUAGGAGAUAAUGAUAAUGACUGAGAAGUUUAAAGCUCAUUUAUACCUUAUCCCAACUUGGUUAUAAUGUUUUGUUUUUGAAAUGUUUAAGCUGUGAUUAGCUAUUAUACUUCUCAAACUCAUUAACAAUUCAUAAAGAAAAUGCAAAGGAAAUUUAUAUUUAGUGUUUGGAAAUCAGAUGAAAAACUGCUCAUUUUUGCAUCAGAUCCCUAAUUUCUCCUUCUAAAAUGAUUUUGGUUGAGAAGCAAUAUCAUAUUUUGACACAGUGUUUCAUGACCAGAUGAAACACCUCAAAUUUCGUCAAAAAUACUCUGCUGCAAGUUGCAUUUUUAUAACUCUCUUCUCCAUGUUUCAUCUGGUAAUGAAACACUGUGUCUCAUGCUUGAUAUCUUGCAUGAAAUUCCUUUUGUGCCUUUAUUACAAGUUUUUAAAUACGUUUUUUAAUGUUAGGUUGAGAACAAGAAGGAUGCAUUUUCAGCAGCCCUUCAAAAUCUGGUUGUGGACAAUGCCAAUCCCAUUCUAGUUAUCAGAGGACUAGCGGCAGCUCUUAGAUUAGGUUUGUAUAAAUUUAUGUUUUUUUCUUUUCAUAAAACAUUGAGAAUUGCCAUGGGUUGAAGAAUGAGUCUGAAGAUUUUAGUGCUUUGAGGAAGUUCUUGAAAUGGGCAUAUCUUCCACAAGCAGGAUUUGAGCAAUCUACAAACAACCGCAAAAGCAUGCACAAUGACACUGGCGGGUGCACCAUUGUGUUAGCCCUGGAAAGCUGCAUAACGUGCAUUUUUUAUGCCGUUAGAUUGUUUGUACAUCACUGCAGGCAAUAUUACCACUAUUGUGCAAAAUUAUCUCAAGUUGAACUUCAUGUAAAUUAAAUGUAGCCCCAUUAAGCCAUAAAUAAUUGGCUUGUUAUUCGAUAUUAUUAAUGAAGGAUGCGUUUAUUUUUAUUGGUUAUAAUAUUAUAUUAACUUUGUCUUUCAUUUUUGAUACUUGCAGAUUUAAGUUUAUUUUCUACUAAAACUCUGGUUGAAACGAGUGGAGAUCAUCAGGUGGAAGUCAGAACUCAGGUGUGUAAUUUAUUUCCUUUAUAUUUAUAGUGGAGGGAUAUAAAUAAAUUAAUGGUUUACAAAAGCAACAAGUGGUCCAAACAGCAAAUUAAAAGGUCAAGUGCAGUUUCUGUUAAUUUGGAGUAUUAUCAUUUAGUUCCUUUCAAUAGGUAUCGUCACCAAGAAUAAUUAUUGUUUGUAUGAAUGGAAAUAUGAAAAAUGAUAAUGGCCAAGUCUUGCUACACGUUUGUAAUAGAAACUCUGCUAGCUUGAAAUAAAAAGCAGAAACAUAAACCUUUGACUGAGAACAGGAGACAGUUGACUGGAACUUGACAAAGUUGAGCCAACAUUUUCAGUGAAAGAAAAAAUUUUGAAUUGUAAAGCCAGCUAUCGUAUUGUAAUGGUGCAUCCAUUUAUUUAGACUGUGUGGACAGUCUUACCUUCGGUAUUUUGGAAGUAAUUUUUGUAAUUUGUAUUUUCAGAGGCUCCAGGCUUCAGACGAAAACUGGGAUGCACCUGGGGAGAAUAAAGUUUGGCUUUGUGAGAGUAGCAGGUAAAGGUUAUUAUGUUUUGAACAACUUUACACAAUUGUUGUGCUCGCAGUCACAGCACUCAAUAGUUGCAACCACCUUGUUCAGCGUGUUAAAUAGUGCCAGAUGAAAGUGCUGUACAUUAGCUUUCAUUUGAUGGUCCCACAUCAAGAUUUCUUGACCAGAGUUAGAAUUAGACUCACUUUUUGUAGGGUAAAUGAACAUUGCAAGUAGAAUACCGGAGUAUGCAAUGCAGGAAAAUACAGCUAUAUGUUACAAGUCAAAAGUAUAUUUCAGGUUAACCUUAGCUGAUUCUCAAAUUAUCUUUGUCUCCCAGGUCCUCAUUCAUGAAUAGUCAGGACUAGGAGACAAAGGAAAUUGAGAUUCAACCUAGGUUGUCGAAAUGUAACCUGAAGAUAAUUUGAACCUGUAACAGAUACACUAACACGUAUCGAAUGUUGAUUUCUAGGUCCUUCACGACCAUUGCAAAGUAUGCUCAGUACCAGGCCAACUCGUUUCAGGAGUCUUUGAAGGUAGAACCCUAUUAAUAUUCAAUGACAUGUAACUCGCGAAACACUAUGUUCCUUUUAUUCUCGCCAUUGAAAAUUUUUGGUGUCUAUAUAUGUGUGUAUGACAUGUAAAAUGGUCCCUUCUGUAUGGCAUGCCUAAAAAAACUGAAAGGCUGAUGUUUAUUUAUCGUAGUUUGUUUAGUUUAGAAGGGCAAGGUAUAUUUUGUUUUUUGUUUGUUUGUUUCCUGGUUUGCACUUCAGGAGGAGCAAGAAAGGCGGUCAGGGAUCAAGGAACCUUCUCAUUCAGACAGUGACUCUUCAUCAGGCUCCAAGAAGUAUGUAAAACUACAGUCGCACAAUUGCUGGGACUUGAAGAUUUUUUUAAAACGAUCAGAUAGUCAUGAUCCAUGUUGUCAUAGUGAUGGUCAUGAUGCCUGUGUCAUUGCUGUUGAUGAUGAUGCUGAUGAUGUGGAUGGGAAUUGUGCAUGAUGAUGAUGAUGAUGAGUAAGCUGAGGCGGUAAAGGGUCUGUGAUGUUGAUGAUGAUGAUAGUGGUAACGAUGAGGUAGAUGUAAGGUGAUGAUGAUAAUAAUGCUGACGAUAAUGAAGCUCAGGUCGACGGUGGUGACAUUAGAGAGAUUAAGAUUCACGUUUACGACAUACCGCAAACGGCAAACGUCAGUUGAGAAUUUCUCAGAAUAGAAAAUAAGCAGUCAAAAACAGUCCAGAACGAUUCUUUUGGAUAAAACUGGGAGAAAACUACUUAUUUUUGUGUAGAAGCAGUAAACAGUAAACGAAAAAUAAGGGAAAAACUUGGUCACGGGGUACAAAUUCACGUCUGCCGUUUGGCGUAAACGUGAAUCUUAGUCUCUCUAUUAACAAACCUGAGGCUGAGGAGGCUGAUGGUGACGUUAAUGAGACUAAGGAUGAAAUUGAUGAUUGCUGGGGGGUGAUGAUGAUAAUAAAGGGGAGGGAGAAUUUGACAAUAAAUAUAGUGAAGAUGCUACAUGUUUUUUUUGAGGAGAAAGGGCGUCUAUACACGCGUUGACGAUGAUGAUGAUGAUAACGAGAAUAGCUAAAACAAUAAUGAUGUGCUUAUACUAGUGUAUUAUGCCUUUACCAGGAAGAUUACUCGUGGGUAAAUUCCCAAAAUGUAACUUGGUGAAUCACUUUUUGUAUUUUAGCGGCAAAAAAGGCAAAGGAAAGAAAUUUAAGUGGAUCAAGUUUGGUACCAAUGUCGACCUUUCAGAUGAGAGGAAGUGAGUUCAACUCUGAAAAUGUUCCUUUAAUGUAUGUUUAUAAACUUUUUAACCGGACUGUAUAAAUUAUAAAUUUCUAUUUCUGUGCAGAUGGAAAGCUCAGCUUCAAGAACUCACAAAGCUUCCACCAUUUGCAAAGGUAAGCAUCAGUAAACGUAGGCUUUCCAUAGUCACUUACAGGACUCUUUCACCUGUAGAUCAAGGCCAUAGUACAGAAAAAACCUGCCUUUAAGAACCUGGGUUUUAAGAAUCUGUUAGGAAUAAUUUGCCAGUUAAGCCCCCUCUAUACAAGAACCUGUUAUGCCUAAAAGUUGAAACAGGUUCUUAUUUCUUUAAAUCUGUAAAAAAAUCUGUACACUUGGGCAAGUAAGAUGAGUCAACAUUCAGGAUUCUCUUUGGAGACAUAAAUGCUUUAUGACUCCAACUGCAAGAGUAAUGGUAUCACGUUUUUACCUAAGGAAUAAGCUGAAUACCACUAAAUACUCUUAGCUACAAUGUAUUUUCUUCCUCAGAAAGUAAGAACCUAUUUAACAACCCAACUACACUAAAUUUGUGCUUAUUGCCAUUUAUGUGAGAACCUGUUUAGGCUAACUUGGGGGAAAUGCAGGUUCUUAGUCAUGGGUUUUCAGUGUAUUUGACUGAAGUGUAAGAUAACUAGUUUCACCUACUGACUUUGACUUUGUGUUGAUUUUUUAGGUUGUGAGCCCUGGAAACAUGUUGAGCCAUAUUGGUCACACCAUUCUAGGGAUGAAUUCCGUGCAGUUGUACAUGAAGAUACCAGGGUGCCGGACACCAGGUAGGUGUUUUAAUGAGGCUUUUGUAACAUAACAUCACAUAACGUAACAUAACGUAACGUAACAUAGCAUAACAUAACUCAGCAUUUUGGGCGAGUUGACUAAAAUUUUGGGCGACAUAGCUCUGAUUCCGGGCGACUUGACCGUAAACAGGUAAGAGUUCGGGCAGUUCAUCCUCAAACAAACUAAGACGAACAAGAAGUGGCCUUGAGCAAGCAAGAUGCAGAAGCUGCUUGCCCAAGUGACAAGCUGGGAUUCAAUUUUUUUUCGAGCCCUGAGAAGUACUUUAAAAACGAGUAACUACCUUUGUGUGUUUUGUACUUUGUCCUGUUCUUCAUGGGUUGCUGUUUAUGCAAUAAAUUCCCUUGUCUCAUCAGGUCAUCAAGAAAAUAACAACUUCUAUGCCAUCAAUAUAAACAUUGGUCCAGGAGACUGUGAGUGGUUUGCCACGCCAACCGAAUAUUGGGGAGUACUUCAUAACAUGUGUGAAAAGUAAGUUACUACAAAACGAAAUGAAAGGGUCGGAGUGUAACCGAUAAUUUAUGCAGGGUAUGGAAAUAUAUGUAAAUUAUGCAAAUUUAUGUCGAGUUUUGACCACCCUGUGUAUACAAAUAAAUACCUCGUUAAUAAGACUAUCCUUUCGAACCAAAGGCAAAGACACUUGAGUUAUUACAACCACCUCGUUACCGUACUACUACUAAUUAUUGAUAAUAUUUGUUCAAAUUAAUUCAAAUUGAUGACCAUAAUUUCUUGUAAUUGCCAGUUGCAGUGUUGCAGCAUAAGAUUUUCAGUUAUUCUCUCUGAAAUACUACACCACAUGAUCGUCAGUGAUAGAGCGACAUUUUGUUAAAAAUUAGUGAUUUAAAUUGAUAGAACUAACUUGUUGUCUGUUUUCCUUACCAUUGCAGGAAUAAUCUGAAUUUCUUAACAGGUAAAUAAAUAUUCGCGAUUCCUUGGUAUUUGUAGUACAGUUUAUUUUAUCUAACCCACUCCGGAGACCUCAUCUGAACAUAUAGGCAGUAAGUAAAAAGGCAAACUGACGAAAGUUCAGGCCCGGGUUGCUCAAACGUUGAAUAGCCCUAUCCACCCGAUAAAUCACUUUAGUAAAAUCCAACUAGUGGUCUAUUAUCAAUGCUGCGUUCUGAUUGGUUAAGCUACUACUAGGCUAUAUGUUACAACCCACUAGUAGCAAAAAGCACCGGCUUUGAAAACCAAAACAAUGGCGGCAGAAUCGCCUUUUGCUAGCUAAAGUUGUUUUGUCUCGAUAUUUUUGACCAACUAGUUGGAUUUUACUAAAACAAUUAUUCCUCUCGCCCUCAUGGCCUCUGAGUCAAUAGCCCAUUCGGCCUUCAGCCUCAUGGUCUAUUGACUCAGAGCCCAUUCGGGCUCGACAAAUAAUUGUUAAAUAUCCAGCGGAUAAGUGAUAGGAAAACCAAUUGCGCUUUCCAGUGGAUAGAGAUUUAUUCGUUGGGUAGUCUUACCCACCUUUGAACAACUGUGGCCAGUAGGACAGGAAGUAGGAGACGUUCAACUGUAUCGGCUUCAAUCGUAAAACACGGUCUAUCUUCCUUUUUUACUCGUGUGACUCUUGGAGUAAGGGUGACGUAGUGGUGACAGCACUCGCCUCCCACCAAAUCAAUGUGACCCGGGUUCAAAUCCCGGCGUGAUCUUUGUUUUUAGUUUGUUGUUGGUUCUCUUCUUUGCUCCAAGAAGUUUUUCUGCGUGUACUCCGGUUUUCCCCUUUUCCUCAAAACCAACACUAACUUGCAAAUUCCAAUUCAGUCUGGAACGAACGGAUGCAUUUAAACGAGUUUUAAGAAUUCUUAGGUUCCUAAGUGUUUCGUGUUGUUUUGAUUUGUAAAGGUUCGUGGUGGCCUAUACUGGAGGAGCUGUAUGAGGAGCGUGUUCCAGUGUAUAGAUUUAUCCAGAGACCUGGGGAUCUGGUCUGGCUUAAUCCAGGAGUGGUUCAUUGGGUGCAGUCAUUGGUAAGAUUUUAUUUAUAGAAAGCUUAAGCACGUCAACUCGGAAGUGAAUCCUUUUCUCUUGAAAUAUGCCUCCGCACUACCAAAUUUGUAUUGGUAAGUUUCUUCGCCCUUAUAACGACGAUUUGCCAGAAAAUUUGGACAAAAACACUGCCCAAGAAUGUAAAAAGUCCACUUCCGGUUUACGAGCAUCGCUCAAAAACGCCUUUGCUCCCUGAGCUUAAGCACGUCAACCGGAAGUGAUUCCUUUUUUCUUUUAAUGUGCGACAACGACACCAAAUCUGUCUUGCUAAGUGUCUUGACUCUUGUAGAGACGAUCUGUCUGCAUAGUUGGGAAAGAACAUUAGCUUUGACCAAGAAUACAAGAAGUCCACUUCCGCUUGACAUGCGUCGCUCAAAAAUGUCUUUGCCCAAGCUCGCUAUAAGCAGCAUUCAAACCCAUCUAAUCCUUUCACUUCCGAGUCUGGUACAAAUAAAUAUUCAUUCAAAAUCCGAGUGUCAUUGUGUAAAGUAUUAACAGUAAAUAGGACGAAGCUAAGUUACUGCUCAGUGGCUUGCAGAGGUGCUCAGUCACUUUAUUUAACGGAGAGGGAAUAUGCUUGCCGUUACGAUCAAGUACCUGUUUUUACACUAGGGUAAUUUUAAAAGUCUCGAGUUCUGAUGAUGUGUGUUUACUUUGUAGGGUUGGUGUAACAAUAUCGCGUGGAACGUAGGUCCAUUGACAGAAAAGAUGUACAAUGCUGCAAUCGACAGAUAUGAGUGGAAUAAACUACAAGGCAAGAAUCGUUAUGUCGCACAACUGCACUCAUGAUCGUCUCGUUCUGGCCUGUGUACAGAGCCCCCCUCGGGCGGGGGGGUCUGUACACAAGCUAAUCUCAUUCAGGUUUAUUUUAUUCACGCUUAUUUAGUCAAUUGCAGUAAAAUUCCCCAAAUUAGUAAUCCUGAGAGAAAAAUGGAGAAAGAACAUAAGUUCGAAAUAACAUUUCAAAAAGGCCGGGAGAAAUGUGUAGUGGAGAAAGGAGCAAAGCUUUCGAGUUUACCGGUGUAAUUAGUGAGAUAGAAAAUAAAGUUGCAACUAUUGCAACGUUGUGUAUUAGGGACGAGACAAACAAGUGGACACAAUUCCGAAGUAUUUGCAGUAUAUAUUUUCAGUAUUGGUGUCAACAUUUUUCGUAACGUUGCAUUGAGAUUCCAGAAGUAAAUUCUUCCUAAGUCUACUAUCCAUGUUCAGGGUUGUAAUAUUCGUCUUUCUGAUGUUAUUUAUUUCAGGUGAGAAAUCCAUCGUUUGCAUGAUUCAUCUUUCGUGGAACUUGGCUAGGAAUGUUAAAAUUGCAGAAAGAAAGUUAUACGAACACAUCAGGUUAGUGUUGGUAACAUUUAAGUUCGCUUGUUAUCGAAAACUACACCGUCCGCUCUAGAUCUAGUGCACAUUCAACCUAAUCUCAACGGGGUAAACACACCAAAAAAAACUGAAAAGCUUGCGACCCUUCUAACCUUUUAUCCAGAUGUAAUUCCACCAACUGAUCUUUGUGUUUUGAGAUUUAGUGUCAAAAAGAGAGUUUGAUAAAAGAUUAAAGCACCUUGUCUGUGGAGACCAUUUAAAAAUUUUCAUACUCUUUUCUCUGGAUUAUUUUAUUGUGGAUAUUGUUAGGAGAAAAUUGAUGUUGGUCACUCUUUAAACUUUAAGGUAAAAGGGACCUCCAUGCCUUGAACCAGUAGACUGCGAGAGAGUUCUGGACUGAGGAUUCUCCCCCUACCCCCACGAGGCGUGAGUUUAUUAGCAACAGCCUAUGACUCGACAUUUUUCCCAUCCCUUUCUCACCCCACCCCCCCCCCCCGCCCCGCCCCCAGAGGCGAAAGCUUACCCGCAACUUGCCCUUUUAUGAAUGAUGCCUCGACACGUUUUAAUGACUUUUUCCCCCUUCUUAUGUUGCGACAGAGUGGUGCUGGCCAGGUCGCUCAGAUACUGCCAGGUUACUGUUGAGAAACUAAAGCAAACUGGGAUUGAGGUGAUGUGGCAUGGCAAGAGAGACAACGAAGGAUCUCAUUACUGCGCUCAGUGCGAGGUGAGAUGCCUAACAACAGCAUUGUUUUCACAUGUAAUUUUUUUUACAGUAACUUUGCAAUUUCUCGAUUGCUGAUUGGUGGAGGGCUAUCGUCCGUGAGAAUAAGAACCAUGGAAAUGACUUGAUGAUGGCACAAUUUGUAUUCCUCUGCCUCUUACGUGCGACUGUCUGAGAAACUUUAACUGCCAAUUUUAUUGUAAAAAAACAAGCACAAUAAUUACUUCGGCGGAGCGCGAAGUAAAGGAUUCGCGACGCUCAGGAAUGUAUCAAAGUUUACUUUUUUUUGACAAAAUUGGGCAUGCAAAGACUGCAGGUUUCCGGUUUUAUUCGGCUAUUUGACGAAGUGAGAGCCGAAUUAGUUCGAGAUACCUCGAGAUCACUUCGAUUUCUUUGAUUUACUGUUUAACGUUUUCGAGGAAGAAAGAGUUACUAUUUUGGCUUUAACGGGAUUUGAACCGACUCACCUGUGUGACCCGUCAGAUCAGAGGAGACUCUAAGUUGAGGGAUUAGCCGAUUGCGCUACUGCGACGCAAGGUAGUUGGGGAUAGGAAAAAUAGUUAUGAAAUGAUGCACUAGUUUCGGGACAAGAUUGGGUGUGCAAGUUCGUGACUUUUCGGCUUAUUUCGGCUAUUUCACGAAAUGAGACCGGACUACUUCGUGAUAUCUUGAGAUCACUUUGAGUUUAGUCCUUAAUUUAUUGGAGAAAUAUAUAGAGGAUAUUACGUGGUCGCGCAGAGACACGAAAUUUCUCUUCGAGUGUUGAAAAACGUUUCACGAGUGAGCCCUCCUUUUGAACUGUUUUAUGAUGAAUUUAAAGUUACAAAAUGCUGCAUUUGCAAUCAAUGAUUCCACGACGCCGAAGUGUACGCUCCGUAGCGUCUUGUUUACCAUGGUCUAUGCCCUUUGUGACAUGGAAAUGAUGUCAAAAUGCUAAAAAAUUUUGGUCUGUCUGCAGGAACCAAACAAUAGAGUUCCCUGAGGGACUUACUUGUUUGUUUGUAUAGUUUCUUUUGUUGUACGUAAUCUGCGCCUCGGUACCAACCGAAGGAAUCAAAACUUUGCAGUGAAAUCAUUCUCCUGCGGCUCUUGGUUCUACUAGAGUAGUAAACAUUUUGAAGUCACUUCUGUGGUUGUCAAGAGGGUGGGCCGUUGGGAAAAACAGAUGGCGAGAAGCAAAACUGUGUCAUGAUAUCUGCACAUGUUGUGUUUUCCUUUAACAUCUUCUUUAAACGUUCUGGUGUUGCAGGUGGAAGUGUUUAAUAUUCUUUUUGUGACGGACAACAAAAAGCAUUCAGUUUAUUGCCAAGAUUGCGCAAGGAAAACCAGUGCUAAUCUCAGUGGAUUUAUUGUCCUCAAUCAGGUAAGAGUAGAUUGUACUUUCUUUCUCCUCACUGGUCGGCAUGUCAAGUUAGUCCAGAACGCUCGACUUUAACAGUGAAACAAGUAAACUAAAAAAUAAGACCGAUAUUUUUACCGCUAAAAGUCUAAAAUUCUUCAAAAAAUGCGAAGGUUUGCAAAUUAUAAUGGCUCAGGAUACAAAACUACAGUAAUCGUACUUUUUUGGUGGGUGGGGGAGAAGGUGGGUUGGACGAUUAGUAAUAUUAGCAACGCAUUUAAAGUCACAUGCCUUUCUGUAAUAGUGUGAGACAAAAUCAUUUUCCACCUCUUUUAUUUUUAACAGCCAUUGGAAUAUCAUUUCGGAAAUGAUAGUCACCCUUAUCAUGCCCUACAUUUCUUAGCCAUGACAGCUUUUAACUUUUCUCAGCAUUCCCGCAUUGUAACCCUGAAGCAAUAACUCCAUCAUAUGUGUAUACCUAUUUGAGGACAUAUUUCCCUUAAAAACCCUUAUUUCGAUACGCUUAUAUACUUGUCUUGAUACAUUUUUUUUCCGAUGAUAGCGAAAGGAAUGUUUUGUAGUUAUUAGUUAGUUUACGAAACAGGACGGAAGGGUAAACAGGAAGGCAAAACGCUUGUGCGUGACAAACGUGACGGGGCAAGUACUUGCGUGUUUUGUCGUGAUCUUCACCUAAAAUUAAUGUUUUUCCCGGUCUUUUACGAAAAUAUCUGUUUCAGCUUGUCACACAAGGUUUGCCGUCGUCUUUCCUCUCCCGUCCUGUUGCGUACCGUAAGUUGUAUAUUAUCUCUGAUCAGACAGGAGCUUUGCAGUUCUCUGCCAGCUGUAUUUGGUGCACCACUUAACAGUUUCCUCAAUGAAAGUUGCGAAGGGAACUAAUUUCAAUCUUUAAAUGUGCUCAAUUUUGCACUCUCACUGUUAAUUUUCUUCGCUUUUUAGUAUUCAAAUGAAGAGCUUACUGAAGUCUUCAACAAUUUUAAAUUACACACGGUAAGAUUUUCUUGAACGCUUGUAAUUAUAAUAAAAACGUCCGUUGUUGCUUGCCUGCGCAGUGGCAGCGCGUCAUACUGAAACCAUUACACAAAGGCCCAAAUGAAUGAAACGAUUACCUUUGAUCACGUUCACACCUGGUAUUAGGGGACGUUGCCCGAUUACAGUAUUCGCUGGGUACUAAUGUGAACGUCCCUUUCUUUAAUUAAGUACCCUCGCCAGAAUUCGGCCACGGUGCCGGUACCCGAGUUCAAGGUCUCGACCUUGAACUCGCGCACGUAAGUGGAUUAACUGGUCCCUGUGUGCACUCGUUUUCUGUUAGUCCCGAAGCAAUCCCUGCUUUGCACAAUCAUAACUCCCUGCUUAGCUCACGUUUCAUGCUGAUGACGCGUCAGCACCAAGAUCUGGGUAGCUGUUCUGAUUGGUCGCGCUGCAAGGAGAACUUGCUUCAGCCAAUCAGAAGCACUUUCCUAUCCAGAUCCGAGUAGCGACACGUCAUCAGUAUGGAAUUUCUGCGCUCGUUCUUCAGACAUCAUUUCGCGGGAAAACCAGUGGUAGCGAUGUUUUCUCAGUGUAUAGAGAACCUUAACUAAUUGCAGCCAAUACUUUUACAGGUAUCCUCUCACAUGGUGGACCCCGUGAUGUCCCAGAAUUCCUCGCAGCCAGUAAACAUGGUGGCGCAGGGCGUCUGAUAGGUUUUGAUACUGUCAUUUUUUUGUAUAAAAGAAUUCUAUUUUGUAUAUUGAACAGAGCUUUACAUUUGAGCGUAAAUUUCGAUUCCAAGCUGGGUAAUAUUUAAUUUAGCUUCUGGAGAAUCACACUUCGUGUAUCUUUUCGUCCGUCCUUUUUUACUUAAUGGAAAAUAAUGUGCAGGAUUUUGUCGGCAUUUUCGAGAUUGAGCGCGCGUCUUCUCUCUGGUUCCUUUACAAUGUUGUUCAUUUUUUUUCGUAUUUGAAAAGCACGAUUUGGUCCAGAAUUAGAGAGUAGUUUUCCAAAGGAUAAUUGUUUGUUUUACUGCAACUUCCGUUGUAUAUUUUAAGGAAUUAGUAAAUAUUUUUUUCCACGAUGCAUUUCGUGGCAUUUUCAAUAAGGUUGAUACUUGCAAUUACAAACGAAAAGCCAAGAGAUCUCUUAUUGCUAUACUGUUGCGUGACAUACGCGCGUGAUGUCACGUUUUUGUUAAGUGACAUACAUAAAAAGCGAGGCUUCUGCUUGAUUUUGAGAUUGUACUGCUUUUAGACUGGAUUAUUUUUGGUUACUCGCUGUAACUUAACUAUUUUCAGUCGCACUUUUUAUUUUAGGAGAAACGCAAUACACUCGCUUACAACUGCAUUUUUAGCGCAGCUGACUUCGUCUUCGUUCUAUAAAACAAAUUGUAAGAUUACCUUGGCGGCUGUAAUUAGCUUUAUUGUGAUUCACAUGAGCUCGACUUAAUCUAUACACCCUCGCGAAAAAGUCAUCUCACCUUUGUAAAUAGCAUUCUUUUCGUCGUUAUCCAAGUCUCUUCAGUGGCUAAUUUUCAUGUUAUUGUAAAGUUAAGUACAAGAAGGGGUGGUAGUGUCUUCGGUUUUGUUUUCGAUGAGCGCUUUUCAUUUUAGUUUUAAAAAAGUUCGCAGUGUUGAGCAAGCAAGGGGAAAAUGGAAAUGCUUCGACUGUCUUUGGCGACGUCCACACGGCAGCGGACGAAAUUUCGACCGGCUGAAAAGUUUCACCGGACACGUCUUUCACACGGAACCGUUUAAAGCGAUUUUCGUAUGACCUUGUAACUACGCGCCAACAGUACAGAAACAAUUAACGAACUGAAAUAGAGCGAUUUGAUUGGUUUAUCGAACGGAUACAAACGUGUGUGGCCUUUGGUUGUUUAAGCGAACGCUCUGGUGAAAAAACUUCAUGCCCGAAAAACUUUGUACAAAUCAACCGAUACUUCGCUUUGACGUCAUACUGCAACACGAUUGGCCGAUCGAACAAUGCCUUCUCCACGUUAGGGUUUUCUUGGGCGGGAAAACGAAGAAGCCAUGUUUUGAUUUUUUCAUCCAUUGGCUGAUAAAGCAAAUAGCGAACUCUUUCCGAAACUGUUUGAACUGCUAAGCGUAUAAAUUUUCGUACGGUUUAGGUUGUCCCGUGUGAACGGAAAACCUAAACGCACGAAUUUUCGGAAACGUGCGAAAUUCGUCCAGUGCCGUGUGAACGUAGCGUUAAUCCGUCUCUCCAAUUGGCAAUGUAUUGUGGAAGCUAGUGUAAAUAUCUCGCAAGUUUGAGAGGAUGUAAGGCAUUUUUUGGCACAGAGAGAACGCUUUUGUUGUUACGGAAAAGUGCACUUGAUCUCGGUUCUUGUAGUCAAAUAAGGAAGCGUCCAUUCUGUUCAUACUUUUAUUCUGCCAAGUCUGUAAGGGCUGGUUUCCGAGCGGUCUCCACGGACGCUGGAAUAAAAGGGACUGUAACAUACAACAACGGCGACGGCGACGGCGACGGCGACGGCGACGAAACCGUCUCUUUAAAAGUGACUUCAGCGCGAUUAUCCCAGCUUUCUCACCUGUGUUUAAUGUGGGCGAACUCUCCUGAAGCUGAGUUCCAAGGAAAAAAUAUUAAAGCUCAAAAAGAGAAAGAGAAAUUCGUCGUCGUCUGUUUACGUUCUCGGUAAAACAUUAUAUUAGGCACGGGAAAGUUGUUCUUUUGCUUGUCUAAACCUAUUGUUUUUUUGCUGUUCUCGUUGCCGUUUUUUGACGUUCUCGUUUUUCUCGUUCGUCGUCGCCGUCGUGACAUCUUAAACUCCUUAACAUUCGAGGGAACAUUGAGACUGUAGCAAUCAUUUUGGCCAUGUUGAGCCUGUGCCAUAUAGUCUGGGCGGGAGUUGUGUUAAGAUGCAUUAUGGGACUGUUUUGCGGUCUGUCGCUUCUCUUAUUAGCUCUUAAGAGACUGUGCAAGAGACUCGGACAAAAUUCGUGCCAUAAAACAAUCCCACAGUGCAAAUCAACACCAUAUCGACCCAGUCCGGCUCUCGCGCGCAAUCCUUAGUAGGCACGUUUUUGAGCGACGCACGUCAUCCGGAAGAUGACUUUUUGCACUCCUUUGGUCGUGAGAUUCUAGAAAUUCUUGGACAAAUCGUCUCUUUAAGAGGGAGGACACUUAGCAAUACAAAUUUUGUACAGUCAAGGCAUAUCAAAAGAGAAAAAGGCUCACUUCCGGUCUACGUGCCGCGUCGCUCAAAAACGUCGCUGCUUAAGCUCCCUUUUAAGGACGCAGCGAACGUUACCGCAACGAUUGCAGGGAGAGACUUGGAGAGGCUGUGUCACGGCUGUCUAGUUCAUUUUGUGUAUAAUGCCUAUUAUGUGUCCUUUUUUGAUAUGAGACUUGGAAAGUUACUUGUGAAUUACAAAAUCAGAGCUUCGUGUCAAACAAUUGUCUCCUAAGCAUAGUAUCAAACGUUACAAACAACAAAAAGGAAAUUUGAAAAACUGUUAGGCUAACAGUUAUUUAAAAAUUGCAAUACGCCACUUGCACAUCUCCCAUAAUGCAUUUUAUUCGCCCCCAAAAAUUUGUUUUUCAUUUCUCCUGGGUAUUACAGCCGUUCCAAGAGAAAUUGAAAACAAUGCUUAUGCAAAGUUUUGGAGGCAAAUAAGGUGCAUUAUGGGAGAUGUGCAAGUGGUAUAUUGCAAUCGGUUUGAAUCUUCAAGUUUUUCCAUCCGUGACUCCUUUUGUAUUUGUUCAGUGGUGCUAUUUACUGUACACCGUCUUUUCAUGUUUGGUGGCGGUUCCUACUGAUAGAUUACGCGACUCAGCUCCUUUCAGUUCUUCAGUUUAGCGAUUAUAUGGAUAGCAUUGCAGUCUGGUUUAUCAGUUUCUUGUUGCACUUGGCAUGUUCUUUGUAGAGUGAUACUGCUGGUAAGAGAAGAUAAACAAAUUUGACACUUGAUUCGUAAAUGUUGUUGUGUCAAGAAGAAGUGGAUAAAAGCAAGAGAGUCCUUCUGUCCUUUUAUUUUUCAAGGCUCGAGUUAUUUUUAGAUAAGGACAACUUAAACUUUUGUGUUGAAUAACAUUGACAUAAGUUCAAAUUGUUGAAGUGGCAAUUUGUUGGGUCAUUCAAAAAUAACAUACCAAAUCUUCGAAAAUGUUUAUACUCUCUUGCAUUGAUCUUCUCUUGACGGUAUGUCAUCCAGUUUUAGUAAAGAGAUGUCGCAAUUGUUAGGUUAGUUAAGUUAGUUGUUCGACUCUUUUACUCAUAGUGACUGCGAGAAUUGAAAUGACUGCGAAUAGUCACAAGUGUUUAACUAAUAUGUUGAGAUCUGUCAAACCAGGGUUAGGUUUAGUUGUAAUUUACUUGAUCAUAAUCCUUUCCAAAACCUAAUGAAUUUCGGAGGGCGAUGAAAAAGAUCAACAGGACAUUUUUGAAGCUGCUUAGUAAAGUUGAGGUUAUGUCGAGUCUGAAAACUCUCGCCUUUAUCACGAGUUUUAAAAUUGGUAAAGCACUCCUUUCCCGCCUUGUUUUUGUUGUUGUUGUUUAAAUAGCGCGUUGAUUACAAAACAUUUUUUUUGUUGAUGCAGUGGAACCUGUAUUUAGCACCACGAGAUGGUCGUUGGUGUCCGAUUAAUUCAGGCGUCGAACACUGAAUAUACCGGUUUGUUUUACAGAAAAAAACGGUAGAAAUGUUUAGAGCUCAACGACGCUCGUGUCCGCUUCAUGUAGGUCUCACUGUAACAAGUAGUAUCAUUUAAUUUUUGAAGCUGUAGGAUUGUGUUGCUUCUUGUACAGAUGAGAGAGUGAAAGAGUAGGACAAGCCUCAGAGAGUGGAUAAACUUAAUUAGUCCCAAGACUCGGAAAUCUUUAUAUAAGGAUUUAUUCAUCAAAAGACGUUUCACACUCCCCUAGGCACUACAGCUUGACAGUUUGUUUCAAAGUGAAGAUAAACAUCGUUCAGGAAGGUUUUUAUGAAAUGCAUGCUAUUUUGGUGCAGCGCAAAAAAUUGUGACGUUCGUCAAUCAGUUAAUGCCCUACGCUAUCGUUUAAUUCCAAUCCACUCCGUGGUGCUAAUAAUAAUAAUGAUAAUAAAGAUUGAUAUUUAUUUCGGUU